UGAACCAUACCAGGCCACAUGCCCUUAACAUGGGAGGGUGCUUUGAGGUGAAGAGGAUCUGCCCCUCCAAAGCACCUUGUCAACAUGUUGAUGGGUACAAGCAGGGGCGGACUGACAACUCAUGGGGACUCCUGGCAAUAGGGGAUCAUGGGGCCCCUGUCUCCUUGCCCAAAUUCAAAAAAGCCUAUGAAAAAGGUACCAGGGGCAUCUCAUGGGGCCCCCUAUUGACCCCGGUCCCUCGGGCAGUGCCCGAGUUUCCAAAUGGUCAGUCCGCCCCUGGCCUAUACACACACACAUACACACACACACACACACACACACACACACACACACACACACACACACACACACACACACACACACACACACACACACACACACACAACACACAC